AUGGCUACAACCUGCGAAUCCAGCGAUAUGCCACGUACAUACGCACUCAUAUCAAGGUCAUCCCCCAGCGUAGCUGAAUCGAAAGAGACCACGCCAGAUCAGAUUUCACCAGAGAUGUCGCCCUUGCAAGGGUUAGAACGUACUCACAUUCAUCAGUACAAAUCGUUUCGAGGUCUACGCGGCUGUGUCAAGUCACUGUCUACUGCGUUGAUGGCCGGCCGCACGAAUCAGCAGUUCCUUGUUUUCCGGGAUGUCAAAAAAGAUGACCUCGCUGAGAUUGACGCUAAGCGUGAGAGCAUCGGCAGGCAUGCUCGAAUGAGCUGUUACACGUACGACAAUCUGUUGAUUAUCAAAUUGAUGCCCUCGGUGGAACACGAAAUGGUGCACCGCAACCUAGGCGAAAAUAUCAAAUUCGAACUUAUCCAAAUGGGUAUAAAGCGAAACCACUUUCCUGCUGUUGGCGCGGGAAGAUACUCUCGGCCCCACUCUUCUAAGGAAGGCGAUACAGCAUACAAGCCCGCCACUCGGGACCAGAAAACUGAUUUUCCAACGAUUGUUUUGGAGUCUGGACUCUCCGAGUCGCUUAACCAUCUAAGACAUGACGCAAGAUGGUGGCUUAGCGAUCCUACAAGUCAUGCGGAGAUUGUUCUUCUCAUCUCAAUACGGCAACAAGAAAAGAUGCUACUGGUCGAAAAGUGGUGUCUUGCUCCGGCUUCUGCAUCUAGGCCAACUACGAGAGCACAGGCAGCUUCCACCGGUUCAGUUCCGACAAAAGUGCAAGAGCUUAUGGUCAUACAAAAUCCCACUCCACACCUAGGUUCUACUGCUCAGGCAAGUACCUUCGGUCAGCCAACGGUCACCAUUCAACCAGGCACUACCUCAGCAUAUGAUGUUGCUGGAGCGCCUCUGGUUCUCGAAUUUCAGAAACUUCUUCUCCGAACCCCUAUCCCACCAGAACGUGACAUCUUCUUUUCCCCGGCCGAUCUUGCGGAAUGGGCAGACGGUGUCUGGGAAUCCGCUCACUAG